GAGAGAUCCACAGCAAUCCAAAUACGGAGUAGGCAGGUCGUGGUUCGCAUUGGAAUGGAAGGGAAUUCGGAUCCUGGCUUGAACUCGCCAUUGCUGGCGGCGAAUGGGAGUCUACCAAAGGCGAGUCGUAAGGACGGAAAUCUAGCGGGGGAACUGAGUCCGUGUAACUCGGUGAACUUCCUUAGGAACGAGUUUGUUUCGCGAUUGCCUGAUAAGGUUCGAUCGUAUCUCGAUGUCGAAGCUCCUUAUCAUUCCAACAUCUCCAAAGCUAAGGGCCUUAGCGGAGGAGAGAAGGAGUAUUAUGAGAAACAAUUUUCUACUCUGAAAUCCUUUGAGGAAGUUGAUUCCCUGGUAACAUCUGGGUGCAUUGAGGACAACGAUUCUGAAGAACAAGUGCAAGCUGAGAGAGCUAUGAAAAUUUCCAAUUACGCCAAUAUCGUAUUGCUUGCACUGAAGAUCUACGCUGCAGUAAGGAGUGGAUCAAUAGCAAUUGCUGCAUCAACUUUGGACUCUUUACUUGAUCUCAUGGCUGGUGGCAUACUUUGGUUAACACAUCUUUCAAUGAAGAGCGUAAAUAUCUAUAAAUAUCCAAUAGGAAAAUUGAGAGUGCAACCUGUGGGUAUAAUUAUAUUUGCUGCAGUCAUGGCUACACUUGGAUUUCAAAUAUUAAUCCAGGCUGUAGGGCAACUCAUAAAAGACGAACCUUCUGAAAAGAUGUCUGCAAAUCAGUUGGUGUGGUUGUACUCAAUUAUGAUUACUGCUACUGUGGUAAAGCUUGCCCUCUGGUUUUACUGCAGAAGCUCUGGAAACAGUAUUGUUCGUGCCUAUGCAAAGGAUCACUAUUUUGACGUGGUAACGAAUGUAGUAGGACUAAUUGCAGCAGUUCUCGGUGAUAAAUCCUAUUGGUGGAUUGAUCCUGCUGGUGCUAUUAUUCUCGCGAUUUACACAAUUACAAACUGGUCUGGGACUGUAAUGGAAAAUGCAGUUUCACUAGUGGGACAGUCAGCCCCCCCUGAAGUAAUGCAGAAAUUGACUUAUCUUGUUAUAAGACACCCUGAAGUCAAGCGGAUUGACACUGUCCGGGCAUACACCUUCGGUGUUCUUUAUUUUGUAGAGGUGGAUAUUGAACUUCCAGAAGAUCUACCUUUAAAAGAGGCUCAUGCCAUUGGAGAGACUUUGCAAGAGAAAAUAGAGAAACUCCCAGAAGUUGAAAGAGCCUUUGUUCAUCUUGAUUUUGAAUGCGAGCACAAACCAGAGCAUUCUAUUCUCAGCCGCCUGCCCAAUAGUUAGUGCUAGUUUUCUUCUGUGUUGUGUUGUCGCACAUAACACCAGCUUUCUAAAUAUCAGGUAUUUGGAGUGCCUCUUCUCUUAUUGUUUUUAGAAUUAGAGCCAACUCAAUGAACCUAAUCUCUCGAGGCAGAAGGCCAAAAGUUCAAUAAUUGCACACGCGAGGCGGCAAUACAUAGUCUUGCAAUGUAUGCUCAAUAUCUGUUUUUUGAACACACAGAUCAACUUUUCCUGCCUGAUCGAAAAUGCUUUGGUCUGUCA